AUGCGGGUCCCCAGACCCCCAGUACGCCUCCUGUCCUGUCCGGGUCCCAUCCACCUGCUCAGCCAGCUGCGCAGCUCACCAGCCCACUGGCAGCGUGGGAACGCCCCAGCUGGGCGCACGGAGCUGUCAGGACAAGCUGCGCGGUUCUCAGCCUCUACGCGUCACCGCCCAGCCAUCGCUGCUUCUCAGCCGUCGCCCAGCAACCGGGCCGCCGCGGCAGGGGGCCCGCAGAGCGAGGAGAGACCCCAAUUUGGCUGGGGAGACCGCCCGCCCCGGGGAGCCUGGCCCAGCGCGCCCCCAUUCAUCCACAUCGCUACCUUGGGAGAUUCUGAAAGGGAAAGGGCGGGUCUCCCGGGGGGCGGGCCGGGGCGGGGCGAACGUCCAGGAGCCUCUCUGAGUAGUGCAGAGUUUAAGUGCGCGAAACUGGCUGCAGAGUCGGUGUUAGAAGUUAGCAACAAGUCGCACGGAUAUUGGAGAUACAUACUCAGGAUGCUGGCGCCCGCCCUCCUUGUCCUCCUUUGCUGCAUUGAAGGGCGUGCAGACCUGUCGCCCCACUUCUUGCAGCAGCCAGAGGACCUGGUAGUGCUGCUGGGAGAGGAGGCCCGGCUAUCGUGUGCCCUGGGCGCGUACUGGGGGCUGGUUCAAUGGACUAAGGAUGGACUGGCUCUAGGGGGCGAACGCGACCUGCCAGGAUGGUCCCGCUACUGGAUCUCUGGGAAUGCAGCCAGUGGCCAACACAACCUCCACAUCAGGCCGGUGCAGCUAGAAGAUGAAGCACUGUAUGAAUGUCAAGCCUCACAGGCAGGCCUCCGGUCUCGCCCUGCCCAACUGCAUGUAUUAGUGCCCCCGGAAGCUCCCCUGGUGCUGGGAAGCCCUGCUGUGUCUCUGGUUGCUGGGGUUCCUGCGAAUUUGACCUGUCGGAGCCAUGGGGAUGCCCGCCCCACACCUGAGCUAUUAUGGUUCCGAGAUGGGGUCCAGCUGGAUGGGGCCACCUUCCAUCAGACUCUGAAGGAAGGGACCACUGGGCCAGUGGAGAGCACUUUAUUCCUGACCCCUUCCAGCCACGAUGAUGGAGCCACCUUGGUGUGCCGGGCACGGAGCCAGGCCCUGCCCACUGGAAGAGACACAGCUGUCACAUUGAGCUUACAGUAUCCCCCAGUGGUCACUCUGUCAGUAGAACCCCAGACUGUGCAGGAAGGAGAAAAGGUCACAUUCCUGUGCCAGGCCACCGCCCAGCCUCCUGUCACUGGCUACCGGUGGGCAAAGGGGGAAUCCCCGGUGCUCGGGGCCCGUGGGCCAAGGUUAGAGCUUGUGGCAGACGUCUCGUUCCUGAUAGAACCAGUGUCCUGCGAGGUCAGCAACGCAGUGGGGAGCGCCAACCGCAGCACUGCGCUCAACGUGCUAUUCGGGCCGAUUCUGCAGGCAAAGCCCAAAUCUGUGGUGGUGGACGUCGGAGAAGACGCCUCAUUCAGCUGCUCCUGGCGUGGAAACCCGCCCCCUCGGGUGACGUGGACCCGCCGCGAGGGGGCGCAGGUGCUGGGUUCUGGCCCCACUUUGCGCCUACGGUCAGUGGGGUCCGAGGAUGCUGGCGACUACUUGUGCAAGGCCGAGCCGGGGGCUUCGGGCGUGGGGGGCGGCACUGCGGAAGCAAGGCUGACCGUGAACUCUCCGCCUGUGGUCACUGCUCUGCGCUCGGCGCCCGCUUUCCUCCGGGGCCCCGCCCGACUCCAGUGCCUAGUGUUCGCCUCCCCUUCCCCAGAAGCUGUGGUCUGGUCUUGGGAUGAGGGCUUUUUGGCAGCGGGGUCGCGAGGCCGAUUCUUAGUGGAGACGUUCCCUGCUCCCGAGAGCCUCGAGGGACAGGGCCCGGGCCUCAUCUCUGUGCUGCACAUUUCGGGUACCCAGGAAUCGGACUUUAGCAGGGGCUUCAACUGCAGUGCCCGGAACCGGCUGGGCGAGGAAGGCACCCACGUCAGCCUGGGCCGAAGAGAUUUGCUGCCCAUUGUGCACAUUGUGGCCACUGUGGCCGCCGCGGCCACCACUCUUGUUUUGGUCAUCACUGGGGUGGCUCUCUGCUGCUGGCACCAUGGCAAAGGUCAGUCUUCCUUCUCCAAGCAAAAGAACCUAGUUCGAAUCCCAGGCAGCAGUGACGUCUCCAGUUCUCGGGGGCCUGAGGAAGAGGAGAUGACCAGUGGAGAAGACCCGGGCCCCAUCAUUCACACAGACCACAGUAACCCGGGUCUAGAUGACGAGGGAGCUCUGGAGCCCAAGGACCCAACCAAUGGUUAUUACAAGGUCCGAGGAGUCAGUAUGAGCCUGAGCCUUGGUGAAGCCCCUGGAGGAGGUCUCUUUCUACCACCCAUCUCUCCCCUUGGGCCACCAGCAACACCCACCUUCUAUGACUUCAGCCCGCACCUGGGCAUGGCUCCCCCCUGCAGACUGUAUAGGGCCCGGGCAGGUUACCUUACCACACCCCAUCCUCGAGCUUUCACCAACUACAUCAAACCCACGUCCUUUGGACCUCCAGACCUGGCCCCUGGGACUCCCCCCUUCCCAUAUGCUGCUUUCUCCACACCCAGCCACCCCCGCCUCCAGACUCAUGUGUGA